CGCUCACACUCAUCUCGCUGCUUCUGCUCUUGUGCUAGGCUGCUAGCUAUCACCUCGUCUCCUCCGUGCCGUUGACCACAAAAAGAAUCCCCAAAUCAGCGCCAAACGACCCGCUGCCGCACCUUGCCGCCGGUGGCUCGAGCACCGCUUGGGCGGAGCGCCCUAGCCCCGCUGCACAGGCGCUUGCUUUGCCGACGGCGGCUCUGCAACAGUGUGCUGUCCGAAGCACUUCGGCAGCCCCUUCCCCCUCUGCUGUUGAGGAUGCACGCGGCGGAGGGGAGGAGUCGCGAUGGGUCACGCGAGAGGAGAAAGGUCGCGUCCCGGUGGUUCUGCAAGAGGCGCGUGCAAAGGGGACCCGCGAGAUUGCUGCAGGGGCGCUUCCUCUUAUUUCAUGGAUACUUGCCUGGUUUGAAAACAAGUUUUUCUAACCUGUCCACCACUUCUUUGUUUGUGAACUUCCGAGGGGUCGGCUGGACUGAUGCUUUGGGCGUUGGGGCCAAGCCGGGAGCACUGGCAAGUCUAAACUCUGCGCCUUCGUCAGGUGAUGGAUAUACUGCAAACUCUGAGCAUAGUUGGUGAUGGGACGGUGGCCAGUUGGGACAGGUUGGGGACAAGCGACGUUGUCCCCGUCGUCGACGAGCAAAUGCGAUGCCUGUGAUGGAAGAGCGGAAGAUAAGAGGGAGAGGCGGAGGCGCGGUGUGGUAGCCGGUGCGAUGCACCGGCGCUGUAACGCGUCGUACAAUAUGUUGGCCGGAUGGAUCCGCAUGAGGUGGUAGAGGGGAGUGGAUGCACUUACUUGGAAUUGGCAACAGCCAGCCGGAACCAAUCUGUGUCGUGCUUCGGCUAUCACCGUCCUGCUUCUCCCCGCCGCGAAGCUCCGCAAACUAGAGCCGAGAAGACGAUCAGAUCGAAUCACAUAUGCCCUGGGAAGAAAUAAUUAACCUACAUAUAUAGUCUCCCUCAAAAAAAACCUACAGAUAUAGUCACACACGCCCAGGCGUAUAGUCCAAGAAUAUUAUAGCAGGAUUUGUAUAGCGUCCGAACUCUUUCCUAAUGGCAACGUAUAGUCCAAGAAUAUGAUGGCACGAUUUGUGUAGCAUCCGAACUCUUUCCUAAUGCCGGUUCGAACUCCUGUACCAA